GUAACAGAGGAACCGCAGCUGGGAGCUCAGGAGACGCGCUCGGGAAGGCACUAGCUUCAAUUUAUUCCCCCGAUCACUCUAGCAAUAACUUCUCAUCAAACCCCUCUACACCGGUCGGCUCCCCUCAGGGGCUUGCAGGCACAUCCCAGUGGUCGCGAGCGAGCGGACAGGGUGCCUUAUCUCCCAGCUACGAAGGGAGCCUCCACACUUUACAAAACAAAAUGGAAGACAGGUUGGACGAAGCCAUCCACGUGCUGAGGAAUCACGCCGUGGGCCAGACAGCCGCCAUGCCGAGCAACCACGGGGACAUGCACGGUCUCCUGGGCUCGGCGCCGGCCCACAGUGCCACUGUGGGCAGCCUGGGCCAGGCCUUCCCCGCCUCGGUCAUGUCCCUGGGGAACAGGCACCCGAGUCUGGUGGGAGGAGGUCACCCCGAAGACGGGUUGUCCAGCAACCCCAGCAUGCUCCACAACCAUGUCACACUUCCGUCACAGCCCAGCUCACUCCCUGACCUCAACAGGCAGCAAGACACGUACAGCG